AGCCAUUUUGGCUCAAGCGAGCCAGGCGUCGGGAGGCCCAUGCUCGGUGGCGCGCGCCCUGCUGCGCGCAGGUGUGAGCGCAUGCGGCCGAUGGCGGAUUCUGAGUCCGACAGCAAGAGGCGCUGGGCGGCAGCUUCGGCGCGGACGCUGGCGCGGCGGCGGCGCCGUGAGAGGCGUGCUGAGGUUGUCGCUUCGAGGGCGCAGGCGCCAGGACGGCGCGUCGACGUGUUCAGGAAGACGCUGGGGGCCCACUGGGCAGUGGGCGACGCGAUCGGGGGCCACGAGGCCUCCAUCAUGGCGGCGGCGAGCGCGGCCAAACUCCUGGGCCUGAGCGAGCUUGCGGCGGAGGCCGAGGAGCUCGGGAUAGGGGCCAACUGGGCUCGGCAUGCCGCUCCGCCAGCCCUGGCGAAGAUGCGGCAGACGCCCUCCGGGAUCAAGGCGUCGCUGCUCGAGGAGUUUCGCGGGCAGCUGCGUGCCCCCGUGGCCUCGGGGUGCACAGAGAAGGCGCUGACGGUGAUGCGAAGGCCUACUGGACGGAAGCCGACGGGAAGGAGCAGGAGUCGGCCCGGCUACUGCAGCCGUUGGACUUCUUGCACGUGGAAGGAUACGGCAUGGCCGUUGUGGACGUGAGCGCGGGCAUCUCCGAGGAGGGCGAGAACGACGUGAGCGAUGUGAAGGAGUCCGGCCUCCUUGUGGAGCCGAACGAGUUCCCCGAGGAGGCGGAGGAAUGAGCAGGAGUCAGGCUGCCGGCUGGAGCCGUUAGACCUCGCGUCGACGGCUACGACAAGGCCGUUCAUUGGAGACGAUAUACACUUCGACAUGCCCGACCUUUUCAAUGGAGAUGUGGACCCUGGCGCUGACGAGGAGUUCCUUGCUGAGCCUGAGGCGCCCCAGCAAGACGCAGAGGUUUGUUUUUUUGGUGGAGUGCACGUGGCCAUGCGGAGGGCUCGGGCCGAUUUUCUAGGAGUUCAAGCACGGUGACUGGCAGAGGCGCAAGGGCUGGGGCAGCAUGGGUUAUUCGUUGGAUUGGCGGUGGGUCGAAUCACUCACCUUGAAAGGCGAGGCACAGAUCGAGAUUCUGAAGGCGGGCUUCGAAAAGGCAAUUCGGUACGCCGUGGCUUCAUGGCUGUCAGGUCGCCCAGGUCCGCCGCUCGAUUCGCCACCUCGAUGCUGCGAAAGAUCUGGCGCCCAGAGCUGGGUGGCCGUAGUGGACAGGGACCCCGAGAGCGGCUUCCUCGCGCAGUGGACGGCGUGCGAGGGCGCCGCGAACUCGUGCGGCUGAGCGGGCCGUGCCGAGAGGGGCGUGCGAAGCCCUGCGGGGCUAAGCCGCGGCCCAUCCCCCAGUCUCUAGCCGUCGGCAGGGACGAGGCGGGGGAUGGGCCGCGCACUCGGAGGUUCCACGGCUCUUCCCAGUUGGAGCCCCUUCAGGAGCGGCGGCGCGGUGCGGCGUGGGACCGCUGCGGG